AUGAGGAAGACAUCUCUUUCUUCAAACAGCUUCGGUGGGUUUCUAAGUCCCGGAGCUCCGAGUUACUCCGACAACAAAGGCUGGAGCUCCGAGAGAGUCCCCCAUCCUUCCUCCUCCUCCACCGCUUCAACCCCAACAGUUAACAUCCCUCGUCGUCACCUCGGCUCAGCUUCUGCUUUAGCGACGCCGUUUUACAGCGGCAGAUCGAUACCUUCGAAAUGGGAAGACGCUGAGCGGUGGAUUUGCAGUCCCGUGGCGACUACUUACCAGCCUGGCGUCUGUACUACAAACCCUUCAGCGAGCUCUCAGUUCUCUGAACAGAGACGGCAGAAGUCUAAGAGUGGUCCCAUUGUUCCUCCUAUGCUUCCUCAUCCUCCACCGUAUUCUCCGAGGCUGACUAUGCGGGCCGUGGAAGGUCAGAAAGGUUUAAUGGUGGCUGGCUCGCCGUUCUCUACUGGUGUUUUGGAGGCGGAUAGGGUUUUUAGAGGGAGUGUUGUUGGUGGUGGUGGUGGACAUGGACAUAGCCGGAGCUGGAUUGAUUUGAUGAGUGAAGAAACUUUUUCUCUUAGCUCCAAAACUGAUACAGAGGAGAAAGCAGAAGAUAGGAAGGAGGGGGAGGUGACUACGGCGGCGCAGUCUCCUGUGGUUUCAAGAAGAGACAUAGCUACUCAGAUGAGUCCAGAAGAGAUGAGUCCUAAUCACCAGUCUCCUCCUCAAGAGCUAUCUUCACCGUUGGUUGUUUCUGUGAUUGAGCCUCCUCCUUGUAGAGUGAGAGAAGUUAAGAUGGAUAAAGGAGCAAAGAUGAUUAAGCGUCCCAAGAGACGUGUUAUGUCUUCUUCUUCUUCGUCUUCUAGGGUUGUUAUUAGGAGAGAGCAACCUGAGGUUGAAGACAACUCUGAAGCAGCUUCUGCUUCUUCUUCUUCUUGGGAUAUCUCUGAACCAGCCAUCACUCUUUCAAAGUUGCAAAGAGAGGAAGCAAAGAUAGCAGCUUGGGAAAAUCUGCAGAAAGCCAAAGCAGAAGCUGCCAUUAGAAAACUUGAGGUGAAGCUGGAGAAGAAGAAAUCAGCAUCAAUGGAUAAGAUCUUGCACAAACUUCAAUCAGCAAAGUUGAAAGCACAGGAGAUGAGGAGAAGUUCAGUAUCAAGUGACCAUCAACAAGAACAACAAGUCUCCAGAAACUCAGUGAAGAUCACUCAUCUUGUCAGAAGACAUACGUUCAUGACACCUUUCAUGGCUUGCUUUGCUCCUCGCGUUGAUUGCAGCAGAAAGUCUCCUUCUGGUGCUCUCUAG